UAUGGCCGAGGCCCUUGUGGGAGGAGCAGUUCUGUCAGCUUCCCUCCAAGUUUUGUUUGAUAAGAUGGCUUCUUGGGAGGUCCUAGAUUUUUUCCGGGGACGGAAACUCAAUGAUGCCCUCCUAAUGAAGAUGAAGAUAGUCUUGCUGACAGUCCAUGCCGUGAUCAAUGAUGCGGAGGAGAAGCAAAUUACAAAUCCAGCAGUCAAAGAGUGGCUCGAUGAACUUAAGGAUGCUGUAUAUGAUGCGGAGGACCUGCUGGAUGAGAUGGCCACUGAAGUUUUGAAAUCCCAGAUGGAAGCGGAAUCUAAAAUACCUAUAAACCAGGUAUGGAAUUUGAUCUCAGCUUCUUUCAAUCCUUUUAACAAGAAGAUAGAGUCCAGGGUGAAGGAAAUCAUUGAAAGACUACAAGUUUUUGCAAACCAAAAAGAUGUCCUCGGCCUGAAAAGCGGUGGGGAGAUCAAAACUCAGCAAAGGCGGCAUACAACUUCUUUAGUAGAUGAAGAUGGUAUAUAUGGUAGGGAAGAUGAUAAAGAGAAGAUACUAGAGCUGCUUCUGUCUGAUGAUGCAAGCCACCGUGAUUUAAAUGUAAUUACCAUAAUUGGCAUGGGAGGGGUUGGCAAGACAACCCUUGCUCAACUUCUAUACAAUAAUAGAAAAGUGGAUGGAUAUUUUGAUCUGAAAGCAUGGGUUUGGGUUUCCCAAGAAUUUGAUGUUUUCAAGAUAACCAAAUCAAUUCUCGAGUCAUUCACUUGUAAGACUUGCGGGCUUGAUGAUCCAACUUUACUUCAAGUUGAAUUGAGAGAGAUCCUGAUGAGAAAGAAAUUUCUACUUGUUUUGGAUGAUAUUUGGAAUGAGGACUAUUGUAGCUGGGAUUUGCUACGAGGGGCUCUCAGAUUUGGGGCAAGUGGAAGUAAAAUCAUUGCAACAAUGCGCAAUAAGAAAGUUUCAUCAAUCAUGCACCCAAUUCAUACUCACCAUCUAGAGCUGUUAUCAUAUGAAGAUUCUUGGCUGCUAUUUGCAAAACAUGCAUUUUCAAAUGAAGACGCCUGUGCACAUCCGACUCUUAAAGCAAUUGGAGAGAAAAUUGUUGAAAAGUGCAAUGGUUUGCCUUUAGCUGCAAAAACAAUUGGGGGUCUCUUGAAAUCUGAAACAGACACCAAGGACUGGUAUCAAGUCUUGAAUAGUGAGAUAUGGGAUUUUCCAAACAAUGGCAUUCUUCCAGCUUUAAGACUUAGCUAUCAUUAUCUUCCUGCGCAUCUAAAGCCCUGUUUUGCCUAUUGCUCCCUUUUCCACAAGAAUUAUGAAUUUGACAAGGAGACAUUGGUUCGAUUAUGGAUUGCAGAAGGUUUCGUGCAGCAGCCAAAAGCAGAGGAAAGAAUUGAAGUGGUAGGGAAUGGGUACUUUACUGAUCUGCUUUCAAGGUCAUUGUUUCAACAGUCGGGUGGCAAUGAAUCACGCUUUAUAAUGCACGAACUCAUUAAUGGUUUAGCUAAAUUUGUGUCCGGAGAAUUUUCUUUCUCAUUAGAGGAUGAAAACCAACAAAAAAUCUCCCAGAAGACUCGUCACAUGUCAUAUUUUAGAGGAAAAUAUGAUGCCUCUAGGAAGUUUAGGCUCCUCUAUGAAACUAAGCGUUUGAGGACCUUUCUUCCACUUAACCUGCCACCACAUAAUGAUCGUUGCUACUUAAGUACUCAGAUAAUAUUUGAUCUGGUGCCAAUGCUAAGAUGCUUACGAGUACUGUCUCUGUCUCAUUAUAAGAUCACAGAGUUGUCAGAUUCAAUUGGCAAUUUGAGAAAACUGGCCUACUUGGACCUGUCAUAUACCGGACUUCGAAAUUUACCAGAUUCAACAUGCAAUCUGUACAACUUACAAACAUUGUUGUUGUCAAAUUGUUGUUCUCUUUCUGAGUUGCCUGCAAACAUGGGGAAAUUAAUCAACCUGCGCCACCUUGAUAUUAGUCAAACAAACGUUAAAGAGAUGCCAACACAAAUAGGUAGAUUAGGGAGUCUUCAGACCCUGUCUACUUUUGUUGUUGGAAAACAUAGUGGAGCCAGGAUUAAAGAGUUGGGGGUUCUUCGAAACCUUUGGCGGAAACUUUCCAUUUUAAGUCUUCAAAACGUGGUGCUUACUAUGGAUGCCCAUGAGGCGAAUUUGGAGGGAAAAGAACAUCUCGAUGCAUUGGCUUUGGAAUGGAGUGAUGACACCGAUGAUUCACAAAAUGAAAGGGUUGUACUUGAGAAUCUAAAGCCUCAUUCAAAACUGAAAGAACUCAGCAUCAAAUUUUACGGAGGUACAAGAUUUCCAGAUUGGUUGGGGGACCCUUCGUUCUCAAAUCUUCUGGCGCUAUGCCUUUCUGAUUGUAAAUAUUGCUUGUCUUUGCCUCCCCUUGGGCAGCUUCCCUCUCUUGAAAAGCUCUAUAUUGUUGGUGCCAAUUCAGUUAAGAAGGUGGGUCUUGAGUUCUAUGGACAUGGUUCUUCCUCAUGUAAGCCAUUUGGAUCCUUGAAGACUCUAGUGUUUGAGAAAAUGAUGGAGUGGGAGGAAUGGUUUAUUUCUGCAAGUGAUGGCAAAGAGUUCCCUAGUCUCCAGGAGCUUUAUAUAGUGAGGUGCCCUAAAUUGAUAGGGCGCUUACCCAGCCACCUUCCCUGUUUAACAAGGUUAGAAAUCACUGAAUGCGAGAAACUUGUGGCUUCACUUCCAGUGGUUCCAGCUAUACGGUAUAUGUGGUUAAGUAAAUGUGAUGAGAUGGUAAUAGACCAAAGAAGUGAUGAUGCUGAACUCACCUUACAAUCCUCCUUCAUGCAUAUGCCUACACAUUCAAGCUUUACAUGCCCAUCUGAUGGUGACCCAGUUGGAUUGAAACACCUCUCUGACCUUGAAACAUUGUGUAUCUCCAGUCUUUCACAUGUCAAAGUAUUUCCACCAAGGCUACACAAACUCCAAAUUGAAGGACUAGGUGCUCCCGAGUCCUUGCUUGAGGGAAUGAUGUGCAGAAACACAUGUCUUGUACAUUUGACCAUCUCCAAUUGUCCAUCUCUUGUGUCCUUUCCUAUGGGUUGUGGGGGCCUACUCACUACACUGAAAGUUCUAUAUAUCCAUAAUUGUAGAAAAUUGGAGCUCCCCCUACCUGAGGAGAUGAUACAACCACAGUACUCAUCUCUUGAAACUCUGAAGAUAGAGAGGAGCUGUGAUUCUCUCAGGUGCUUUCCAUUGGGCUUCUUCACCAAGCUUAUUCAUCUUCAUAUUGAAAAAUGUAGGCAUCUGGAGUUCCUUUCAGUUCUAGAGGGACUUCACCAUGGGGGUCUCACAGCACUUGAGGCAUUCUACAUCCUCAAAUGCCCUGAGUUCAGAUCUUUUCCUCGAGGAGGAUUGUCUACUCCCAACCUUAGAUGGUUUGGAGUCUACUACUGCAAGAAGCUCAAGUCCCUGCCCAAUCAAAUGCAUACUCUCCUUACAUCUCUUCAAAGCUUUGAAAUAUUUGAUUGUCCACAGCUUUUAUCAUUCCCUGAAGGAGGUUUACCCUCAAGCCUAUCCGAACUUUCAAUCUGGAGUUGCAACAAACUAAUGACCUGUAGAACAGAAUGGGGCUUGCAAAGACUUGCCUCUCUUAAGCAUUUCAGUAUCAGCGAAGGAUGUGAAGGAGACUGGGGAGUGGAGUCAUUUUUGGAGGAAUUGCAGCUACCCUCCACUCUCACUUCCCUGCGCAUCUACAAUUUCGGCAACCUUAAAUCCAUUGAUAAGGGUUUACGACACCUCACUUCUCUUAAAAAAUUGAAGCUUUUUAACUGUCCCGAGCUCCGCUCCUUGCCAGAAGUGGAGGCGCUGCCACCCUCCCUUUCUUUUCUGAACAUCCAGGAAUGUCCUCUGAUAAAUCUGGCCAAGAUUGCUCAGGUCCCAUUUGUCAAGAUAGAUGACCAGCUGAUUGGUUGAUCAAUGUUCCUUUCAAUUUUCUCCUUGGGUGCAAUGUGGUGUCAAGCACAAGUGCAUACACUAUUAUUCAUCAUUUCUUGCUUGAAGACAGGUCCACCAGAAGGAGGGCUUGGUAGUUCGCCUCACUUUCCACCUUUGAUGCCCACAGCUUUGUAUAAUGAAUUGGAUCUCAGAGCUUAUAAUUACAUAUUGAUUCUUAA